AACUAAGAUCAUUAAGGGAGGAAUUACAAAAUGAAUUAAAAAAUGUUAGAGAAAAAAACCAACAAUUAGCCAGCAGUGAGGAGAAUGUGAAAAAAUUGACAAAUCAAUUAAGCGAUCUGCAAAAGGAGAAAAUUCAAAUCGAAAAUGAACGAAUUACCCCGGAAAGAUAUAUGAAAAUGCUCCAAGAGAAAGAAAGUUUGAAAGAAGAAUUAAAAUCUGAAAGAAAAAGAAGACAAACCUCUGAUGAACGAGCCGAAGAGUUCGUUCAAGAAGGGCUAAGCGAUACUAUUGAAACCAAAUUACAAACCAAGAAAAAUGAAUUACAACAGUUGAAAUUUAGUGCUAAUAAAAAAUUGGGAAGCGAUCAAGAAGUUCUUUUAAAAGAUCUUUUGGACAGACAUGAGGCCUUAGAAGUAAUGCUCUUUGAAGAAGUUAAUCAAAAGAGCAGAAGUUUCACUCAAGCCCAAAAGAAAUUGCAAGAAGCCAAAGAUAAUUUAAUAGACAAGUUGGAUGAUGAAGAAAUCGAAGAAAUUUGUCAAUUGCAAACCGAGAUAAUUAA